AUGACAUCCCAAUCGAUAGCAAGAGGCGCUAAGAGGGGAAUGCUUACUCAGUAUCAAACGACUCGACGCGGUACAACAUUCAUUUCCCAAAUUCAAUCACAAUGCGUCUGCCGUUGCCACAACCCUCGAUCAUUCUCCUCCUCCGCUAGAUUUUACAGACAGCAGCCGCACUAUAAAGACUCAUUCGGUACUCGUCUGCGAAAGGCUCUUGGUGAAACGAAGAUUAGAUGGUAUCCAAUUCCUGUUGGAUUGGGGAUUGGAUUUCUUGGCCUUGGUCAAUUAUACAGGGUUAACGAGCGGGAGAAAGCGAGGAUUCGCGAGGAGGAGUGGGAAGAUGAUGGAGUAGUGAGAACGGCAGGGUCUGGUGGAGAUGGCGAACCUAAUGGCAGGCCCAAAAGACGAGAACGGAUUCGACCGACAGGACCAUGGCAGGUCCAGGUCAUGUCGACUCUACCGUUAAAAGCUAUGUCUAGAAUCUGGGGCAAGUUCAAUGAGCUUGAAAUCCCCUAUUAUCUGCGUGUUCCUGGGUUCAAAUUAUACUCUUUCAUAUUCGGCGUCAAUCUUUCAGAGGUAUCAGAGCCUGAUCUUCAUGUAUACCCAAAUCUUGCGUCCUUUUUCUAUCGGACCCUGAAACCAGGUGCCCGUCCCCUCGAUCCUCGCCAAAAUGCUCUGCUAUCUCCUUCUGAUGGCCGUGUUCUCCAAUUCGGCGCAAUUGAGAGUGGUGAGGUAGAACAAGUCAAAGGCAUGACAUACAGUCUUGAUGCCCUACUUGGUACCAAGACUCCAGAAACAUCACCCAAUCCAUCGAGGCCAGGAAGCAUUUUCUCACCCAAGAAUGACGCCAGCACCACAUCUCGACGAGCAGGAGACGAAGAGAUCAUCAAGCAAGAUGAAGAAUUCGCUACUGUCAACGGCAUCUCAUACACUCUCCCAAAUCUGUUCUCUGGGCCAAAGAAGCGGUCUGGCAAGAAAGCUGAAGACGCCUCUACAACCCCAACACCAGCUUCGGAAGCCGAAGUUCGCGCAGAUCUAGCUCUAGGCGAAAGGCCAUGGUACUCGCUUAUCACUUCUGAAAAUCGGACUUCGCUCUACUACGUUGUCAUCUAUCUAGCCCCUGGGGAUUAUCACCGCUUCCAUUCGCCCUGUGCCUGGGUUGCAGAAAAGCGUCGUCAUUUCGCAGGAGAGUUAUACAGUGUGUCCCCAUACCUUCAACGAACCUUACCUGGGCUGUUCACUCUCAACGAACGAGUUGUACUCUUGGGAAGAUGGCGAUGGGGAUUCUUCUCUUAUACCCCAGUCGGAGCUACUAACGUUGGCUCCAUCAAGAUCAACUUUGAUCGCGAACUCCGAACAAACUCUUUGACUACAGACACUGCAGCAGAUCGAGCAGCAGAAGAAGCAGCAAAGAAUGGAGAACCUUACAGUGGCUUUGCCGAGGCUACUUAUGAGGCGGCAAGUCCUAUCCUCCAUGGGCACGCCCUGAAGCGAGGCGAAGAAAUGGGAGGAUUCCAGUUGGGAAGCACAGUUGUCCUUGUAUUCGAAGCCCCGAAAGGACAAAGACCAAGUUUGGAUGAAGGCUGGAUGGGCGAGAAGACGAAGAGAAAGGGGGGAUGGAACUGGGCUGUGGAGAAAGGACAGACGGUCAAGAUGGGCCAAGCUAUUGGAUGGGUUGACGAAUCGUAA